AUGGCAGAACUUGAAGAAGUACAAGAAACCCUUGUUGAAGAGAGAGAUGAGCUCAUGGUUUCACCCACAGGUGGAAGCCCAACUCUAAGAACAGCCUAUUUUCUCAAACCCUCUGUUUCCUCCAGUAAAGCAUCAUUCUUUGAGCUUCCUUCAGCUUCUCUCUCCUCAAACCAAAGCCUUCUUGAUCUUCCGUUGAGGGUUUCAUUCAAAGGGUGGAGAAACCCAGUUUGUAAAUGGAAAGCAUGGGUUGAAAAAAUGCAUUCUCUCCAUCAAUCCACGUGGAAAAAAGCUGGGGUUUAUGAAGCCAUCAUCGGUUCCACCUACAAGAUCCCUAUAAACCAAGAAAUGUUUUUAGUGUUUGGCUUGAAGUGGUGUCCUGAGACUAACUCGUUUCUGUUUCCAUGGGGGGAAACCACAGUCACUCUUGAAGAUGUUUUGGUUCUGGGAGGUUUCUCUGUCUUAGGUAACUCUGUUUUAACCCCUCUUGAAACUAAAGAGAUGAUUGAUAUUGAAAGGAAGUUAACCGAUGCGCGAAAUCGGGGUAAACCUAAUAGAACCUUCCAUCAAGAUUGGCUGAAUAGGUUUAUGGAUAGUGGGAGUGAAAUCGAGCACGAAGCAUUUCUUGUGUUGUGGUUAUCUAGACACGUUCUUCCCAGGUCCUUUUACACGGUUGGAAAACAUGUUCACGGUAUAGCAAUACAUAUAGCUAGAGGGACGAGGAUUGCUCUUGGCCCGGCUGUUCUGUCACGGAUUUACCGCAAUUUGACACUGUUGAAAGAAGCAAUGGGGAGAACUAGAGAGCAUGAUGUUGUGGAACUUGACUUAUGGGCACCAAUGCAACUGUUUCAGAUUUGGGCUUAUGAGAGAUUUCCCAUGUUGUGUCCAAAACACAAUGCCCUUGAACUCGGUGAGCCGAGAAUGGCUAGGUGGGAUAAGGUGAAGAAAUUGAGUGUCGAGGAUUUGGGUUCGGUUCUUGACUCUGCCGGAGAAUCCUUCAUUUGGAGGCCUUACGCCAUUUCUGGGAAAAGUUGGUUGUUUCAUAAGUUUUACAGAAAAAGUGAGGAAUGGGUGUUAGUUAAUCCUGGAAUGGAUGAGGAGUUGGAAUCGUUUGCUCGGUUUUUGAGAGUUGGCGAGUUAGUUGGACUCGACUGUAUGGAACAGUAUCUCCCUCAUCGCGUUGCCAUGCAGUUUGGUAUGGAUCAAGAUCUUCCGGGCCAUGUAGCUAGGUUCAAUGGAACGCCCAAAAUGGCAUGGAAAAACUAUUCCAAGCCUAUUGGAGGUGUGAAAUUGUACAUACCGUCGCGGUUGUUUGAGUCAGAUGUUACCACGCGGUAUUUGGAGUGGUGGAAGCAAAUGAAUUUUGUGCAGAAAGAUGCAGCCAAGGAUGUUGUGGAACGAAAGAGAAUUUUCAUGAGAUGGGGAAAGUGUUCAAGAAGAUCUUCACACUGUUCAAGGCGAAAGGAGGUAGUAAAAGAUUUCUCAAAUCCUCCCAAAGCAGCAGACUGUGUUGGAAAAGAUCGACAAACACCAAGGGAAAUUGCUGGAGACAAAUUGACUGGUGAUGGAAAGUCUUUUCCAUGCACUAAACCUCAAACCCCAUUGUCUCAUGGAACUGAUGAUGAAGAGAGGGAAUCUCAGAUCAAACCAAGAGGAAGUACUCGGUGUGAUGAAGUACCAAUGGGGGAAUUGCACCGAUCUAAUGACAAUGCAGCAACGGAGAGUGGAGCACAAAAUCAAGUCGAUAACGGGGCAAGUGCCAAGAACAAUGAGGAACAAAUUAGUGUUAGUCAGGUGCCUGGACUUGAGGCCAGGGUCAGCAAACUUGAGGCAGUGUUUGCUCGGUUGAAAGAGAAAAGAUUUGGCCUAAAAUCUGCUUAA